AUUGCCUUGUCAUUGUAUCCAGAGAGAGAAACGCGUGGUCAGCGGCACCACAGACCGACAGCUUCUCACUGCAGCCUGUAUCUGGUACAUGGUGGUGUGCAAAGUCGGACUUGAAGCCAGACAUGGAUACUGAAAUAAGCGGCGAGGUUUUAGAUGCGUCAGAGACUCCACAGCAAGAGCAGGCUGUAAUGGAAAAAGAGGUUGUGUCAAAGCUGGAGACGCCAGAGGAAUCCACAGAGCCUGAGAAUCCACCAGCUGCUGAUGAAGAGACUGAGCAGCUGGCAGUGAACGGUCAUGAUACUGAAGGAGCAAACUUAAAAGAAACAGAAGAGUUGAUUGUGACCGAAAACGUCACACUGUCUGAUGAGAAAACAGAAAUGGAGGUUGAGGACAACUCGCCCAAAGCAAAAUCUGAAACUGAGUCGCUGUCUGUUGCGGUGUCACCACCAGAACCAGAUGAGUCAUCUGAAAAGAUCUCUGACCCAGUUGCAGCUUUAGACACAGAACCAGAAAACAUUCAGCCUGGACAGCCGCCUGUGCCAGAGAAAAACCCAGAACCUUUGCCUAUGCAAACGUCUCUGGCAGACAGCACCCCUGUACCAGAGCCAGAUGAAUUGCCGGAAUCGGUUCCAGAGGCAGAGCUGCCAAAGCAAACAUUACCUGAACCAGUCACACUGCAGCAGCCAGUAGAUACACAGCCACCCAAACAAGAGGAGAAGGCACCAGAGCAAGGGGACACCGAGCCAGAACUGAAGACUACAAUGGAAACUGCGGCAGAAGAAGUUGUUAAAGUGGGGGCAGGAGAUGAUGUUGUGGCUGAGCCUACCAAGGAAGAUGAAGAAAAACAAGAACCAGCAGUAGAAAAAGCAGCAGCAGCAGCAGCAGAGACUGUGCUGGUGAAAGAAGCUUCCCCAGAAAAGCCAACAGAGGCUGAGACAUUAAAGGAGGAGACGCCAGCUGAAAGUGGAAAUGUGAAACCUGCGGAGGACGAGAAGAAAGCAGAACCAGAAAAAUCAGUUGAGUCUGAUACUCCGAAGGAAGCUGAGCCAGCAGCAGCAGCAGCAGCACCAGAAGAUGUUAAACCUGAGCAGAAGGAUGCUGAGCCUGAAAAGGAAGAGGAGGAUACAGUCCCUGCAUCCGGCUCCCUGUCUUUUGCCCUCCUGGAGCGAGAGGAGACCAAAAAUGCCCUACUGAGCUCUCGUACCCUUGUUGUCCUCAGAGGCCUUCCAGGAAGUGGCAAAAGCUUCUUGGCACGCGCCAUAGCCGAUACCUACAAAGACAACUGCUCUGUCGUCUGUGCUGAUGAACACAAUGUCAAACCAGAAAGUCCAGAAUCCUCUGCGGAUGGAUACAAGGCUGUGGAUGAGGCUGUGGUGGCCUGCUGCAGUUCAGGAACAGCUUCCUCUGUGCUGAUUGUGGUCGAUGACACCAACCACACCCAGGAUCGGCUGGCCCGCCUGGGGGACAUCGCCAGGGAGCACCAUCUUGUUACUGUCUUCUUGGAGCCACGUACAGAAUGGAGACAAGAUCUAGCACAGCUGAAAAACAAGACCAAGCGUGGACUGGAGGAGGCCCAGAUGGAAGCCAUAAAUAGUCAACUUGAGGAAAUGUCCCUUCCUCUUUACUUUGGCUGGUUUCUUCUGUCAUCAAUCCAAGAUAAGAUUAGGUGCACGUCAAUGGACUUUCUGAAAACGCUGGACACCUUGGAGGCCUUCAAGAAACACUCAAUUGACUUCACUGGGAAAGCUGAGAAGGAGGUGGAUCUGGAGCAGUACUUUAAAGCCAAAGGAACUCUCCACUGCACCACAAAGUACUGUGACUACGGAAAGGCGGAGGGUGCCAAAGAGUAUGCACAGAAACCAGCUGUUACAGAUUUCUAUGGUUCUGCAUUUGAGAUGUCACUGAGCGCUCUCUUUGUCACUCCUCGCACUUUUGGUGCCAGAGUGUCGCUCACUGAGGAGCAGCUUUUGCUGUGGCCAGAUGAUGCCGAAAAGGAGGCGGCGUCUGCCGUCCCUGCAGCUGCCUCCCUGCCUCUGGGAAGCCGCGCCCACGUUACACUGGGCUGCGCAGAGGGUAUCGAGCCAGUUCAAACAGGUCUGGAUCUGCUCCAAAUCGUAGCCCUGCAGCAGGAAGGCCAGCAGGGGGAGCUGGUCGAGGAGAUGGAGCUCGGCUCGCUGACCUAUUACGGUGAAGGAAGGUGGCUGAUCAGUCUCAGAGAGCCCAUCUGCGCCCCGGCGUGCUUCUCCAGCUCCUACAAGAGCAAGUCCGACUCGACCAAAAAAGAACCAGAGAAGAAAAAGAAGCCAAAGUGCACCAUAUUGUAAAUGGCAUGGAGGAUGUGUGGCUUGGGAUGACUGGUGAAUUAAGAUGUAGGCUUACUCCGUGUAAGAUUUGUGUGUCUGUGCAGUGUUUAGGGUUUCAGUUAUAGCCACCCUAAAUCCACGAGCUGUGUGCCUUUUUACUGUUGAUUUGCACCACAACCCAAAAUGCCUUCAAUCCAGCUAGGCUUGUUGUUGUUAACCUUACACAUAUCAAUGCCAGAAUUGCAGUACCUGGUUAUUUGCUGAGGCAUUGUUAGCUGCAGUUUUAGACUACGGUAGUAUAGCCUUCUCCCACAGCUCCACAGUUAUCCAAAACUUAGAUUUAAUCUUCUAUACAUUUCAGUGUUUCUCUGUAUUCAGAUGUGAAUGAUAAACUAUGUACUUCCAUAGCAUGCAUCCCAGGUUAAUGGUAUCAACAUAUUAACACAUUUCUGACCUGCUUUAAGUAGCUCUGCCUCUUCGACAGAAUUUGUCUGGUGGUUUACUUUGGCUUAGUUGUAAGUUUAAAAAAAAAAAAAAAAAAUAGGUGUCAUUUCCCUGCAAGUGUGUGUGCACAGCAUAGGAAAUAAAUGUUCCAAUAGCAUAUGGGCCAAAGUUAUCUAUUUGAUUAAGUGUAUUAGAAUGAAUGUCAUUUAUAGAGAUCCCUCCUUGUAAAAUCUUUGCACUGUGCAUUGUUUGAGAGGGAGACUGCUGGUGAAUUUGGUGUUUGUUUCAACAGCUUGCACUUAGUACUUAUCAAAUGCUGUGAAUCCAACUCCAUGUUUUGGAAUCUUUUCUACUGCGCAAGACUGCACCAUUGAUCCCUUUUUAUUCUCUUUAAACGGCACUUCAUGUAUUGCAUUUUUUUGAUUUGUAUCCUCUGUGACUGUAGUUUUUUGAAGGGCAAGUCCUACUUUGUGUAGCUCUUAUGAAUCACUAUUUUUGCACUUGUUUUGUACACUUAAUAAAAAAGAACAUGCUUUGCUC